UUCACUCUCCGUCCGCUAGCACGCUCAACAAUCGCUGCUAAAAUGGAAGAUACAGGCAAGGUCAUUGAAAUCAUGAAAAAGAUCGGUGGAGUCGACAUUCGACGCAUGUGGGUGGUGCACGAUGAGGACUUCCGCGAGAUUUUCGACUGGUUCGCCAAGAUAGACGACGAUAACAUUAUCACUGAUACGCUGGAUAGAGACUACGAAGAGCUGAAGCGGCACGAUGAUGUUCACGAAGAGAGCGAGCUGGACGCGAUGCUGAAGGAGCUGGACACCCAGUACGCUAAUAUCCUCGAUUAUACCGACCGUGAUGUGGCGGAACUGGAGCAGCAGCUAGAGCAGAUGGUGGAGAUAGAAGAGCAUUAUGAGCGGUUGAUGGAAGACGUGAAAAAGACGGAUAUUUUGCUGACGAAGGAGUUGACUGAAAUGGAACGAGCAACGAUCGAUGCGCAGUACUUGAUGGAAAAAAAGGAAAAAAGCUGCCUAGCGCUGGCCAAACGACUGGAAGAGAAACAGCUGAUAACACAACAGAAAAUUGCGGAUUUGCAUCACUGCUACCUGCAACCGCAAAACCCACCGCUGUUUGUGUACCAAAUGCCGCUUGAGCAGUUUGAUGCCAAGUGCGACCAGUUCCUAAAGUAUCUGCAGAUGUACGUGAAGAAGCACUUCCCUGUACAACAUUUGGAAGGUUUCAGAUCGUCAACCGAGUUGAGCAACAACGAAGUACUGGAUGAGCUGGAGGACAUCAAGGCGCGGCUCGACGUGGAAGAACUGAAAUUGCUAGAAGAGAAACGGGAAUAUGCAGGCGUCAAGCAUCUGGUAGACCGUUUGGAGGAUCAUGAAUGGAUAUCGAUGAAGGUUUCUGUGCUAAAGAAACAUAGCUUGGAGCUGAAGAAGAGCAACGAGCAGGAUUUGCUGCGCGUGGACCUGUUGAAAACCGAUCUCGAGAUGCUCAUCCGGCAGAUGAACGAGCUAAGGAUCGAGUCGGUGCUGUAUGAAACCAACCGCUCGAAGCUGGAUCGGGCUAUCAGCCGGUUGGAGUACAUACAGCGGCUGGAUGAGAGCAUCUCGAAGGAACUGAUGAACGCGGAACUGCUCUGGAUACUGAUGAAGCUGGACCUGGAGAAGAUUCGCAAUUGUUUCAACAACGCCGAUGAAAUGAAUGCGGAAUCGAAAAAGUGCUUCAAACGCAUCGACUCGAUGAAGCAGCUGGAAAAGAGUUCUUGCUUGGAGGAAACUUAUUCCGACUAUCUAACGCAUCUUUCCGCACUCAUUCGAUCCGCUACCGUAACCGACAGCAGCACCAUACAGGAAGCAAUGGAGAAUGGAUUGAAAGGCUGUUUGCAGCAUUUCACCAGCCUAUCGAAACGCAUCAUGAAGCAGGUGGAAUCGAUUGCGAAGGGAAAAUACCACAAAAAGGUCAACAGCGUGCUCGAAAAACUAUCCACCCAGGAAAAACUGUUGUCUCGGUUCGUUUUUGAUGGUCCACUGCGUUAUCCCCAGUUCUAUGAUCAAGAGUAUCUGGAGCGGGUGCAACAGCUAAGCUUUUUGCUGGGACUACUGGAACGUGAUGAACGGAGUGUCCGCAAAGAUGUUGUGCAGAAUAUUGAAGAGUUGAAGCAAAGCCAGAAAUUCAAAACGUACAAGCAGAAACUGUGGAUUUGGUUUUUAACCGAGCCGAAAAAGGUUACCAAUGCUAUUAAGGAAAUUACCGCUGAAGCAUCGAAAACCGCUAGCUACAAGUCUAUCUCGGGCAUCAAAUGUAAAUCGAUAGUAGAUGAAUUGAAGUAUUAGCCACUGGCAAUCGGUUUUAUUAUCUCUCAUUAGUUUGCUUUAAUUUCAUUUAUCACUGUUUCAUGUUGCAUAAAAUCAAAGAAGGUCAACUUGUAAAAACGCGUAUUGGAGUUUACUGUAUUUCGAAGUGAUAUCAAUAAAAUAGCAUAUCGAUUACGUUUGUAGAAUUAUGGGUUGAAAAUACAAAAUUAGAUUUUUUAAGAACAUCAC